AAAGUAGGCGGGCGCGCAGUGACGUCAUCACCACAACAUUCCGCACUUCCUCGCUCGCAGACUGUCGCCUGAAGUCUUCAUUUGAGCGGCUUUGCGUUUGUAUUUCCACGGCCGUUCAUUUUUUGAUUAAUAAACAGAGUGCUCUAUCAGUAAGCAUGGCGUCAGUGCUGUCACAGCUGAUGGGUCAGUGGAUGGAUGUUCAGGGUCUCCUGAUAUUUCUGUGUGUGCUGUUGCUGGUGAAACACCUGCGAGAUGUUCUUACAAACAACAUGCCGCCAGGACCCUUCCCUCUGCCUUUGGUUGGAAACUUUUUAAAUAUAGGCUUUAGUGAUCCACUUGGCACCUUUCAGAGGAUUGCUGAGAGGUAUGGAGAUGUGAGCACACUGUAUCUGGGAAACAAACCUUGCAUACUGCUUACUGGAUACGAGAGUUUCAAAGAGGCUUUUGUGGAGCAGGCGGACAUCUUCACAGACCGGCCGUACUUCCCUAUGGUUGACAAGCUCACUAAAGGGAAAGGUCUGAUUAUGUCCAGUGGACACAUGUGGCGUCAGCAGAGGCGUUUUGCUGUAGCGACUCUAAAAUACUUUGGUGUGGGGAAGAAAACUCUAGAAAACUUCAUCCUGCAGGAGUGUCGCUUUCUCUGUGACUCUUUACAGACUGAACGAGGUUUGCCCUUCGACCCUCAGCAUUUUGUGACGGAUGCUGUGGCUAAUAUAAUCUGUGGGUUGGUGUUUGGUCACAGGUUUGAGUAUGAUGACCAUAAUUUCCAUCUGAUGCAGAAGUAUUUAGAUGAAUUCUUACAGCUCCCCAUCUCCAACUGGGGUCGGUUAUAUAAUCAGUUUCCCACCCUCAUGUCGAUGCUGCCAGGAAAACACCACACGGCAUUCGCCAGCAUAUCUAAACUUAAGCCCUUCCUGCGGGAGGAAAUCAGAAAACACAAGGAGGAGAGAGACCCGUCCAACCCCAAAGACUACAUCGACUGUUAUCUGGAAGAGAUUGAGAAGUGUAAGGACAGUGAGGCAGAGUUCACUGAGGACAACCUGAUGUACUGUGUGGUGGAUCUGUUUGGAGCAGGAACAGAAACCACCUCUAACACACUCAGAUGGGCCUUACUCUUCAUGAUCAAGUACCCAGAAGUACAAGAGAAAGUCCAGUCUGAGAUCGAUCAGGUGAUUGGACAGGCACGCCAACCUCUGAUGGAUGACCGAACAAAUCUGCCGUACACCUACGCGGUGAUCCAUGAAAUCCAGAGGUUUGCCAACAUUGUUACCUUCACACCUCCCAGAAUGGCCAACAAGGACACCACAGUGGGAGGACGUCUCAUCCCGAAGGGUGUGAUAGUGAUGCCAUUGCUGAAGUCAAUCCUACAGGAUAAGAAUGAGUACAGCACUCCGUAUGAAUUCAAUCCUGCUCACUUUCUGGAUGAAAAUGGUAAAUUUUUGAAGAAAGACCAUUUCAUCCCAUUUUCAAUAGGUAAGAGGAUGUGUCCAGGUGAGCAGCUCGCUCGAAUGGAGCUCUUCCUCUUCUUCACGUCUCUGAUGCAGCGUUUCACCUUCCUGCCUCUUGAGGGACAAACGUUGAGUCUGAAAGGAACUAUCAGCGUCUCAUCCGGUCCUGAACCCUUCCAGAUACGUGCUGUGCCUCGAUAGUGUAGAUUUUAAUCACUCAGAAAUCAGAAUCAUGCUCAAGCGCCAGGGUUCAUUAUAUGGGUUCUUCUCCCAUAGGAAUCCAUAGCUUUGGCUCACAAACAGUAAUUACUGAAGGAAUUUAAUGCAUUUUUAAAAGGAAAUUGUUCUGAUUUUCUUCUCUUAACACUACUUUUCUGCUCAAAUACUGUCUGGUCAUCAAAUGCAGGAAAAUCAAAUUUAGUAAGAUAAAUACAGUAAUAUUGUGAAAUCUUAUAACAGUUUCAAAUAACUUUUAAGUGUGAUAGGAAUAACCUGAAUUUUUAGUAUCAUUACUCUAGUUUUCAGUGUCACAUGAUCCUUCAGAAAUCAUUCUAAUAUGCUGAUUUGCUGCUCAAGAAACAUUUCUCAUUAUUAUCAAUGUUGAAAACAGUUGUGCUG